AUGGCUGAUGAAAGUACACGUGGAGAACGAAAAAUAUUUAUAGUUUGUAUAGCCUAUUGGAAUUCGAUCUUAAAUAAAUCAACAGUUAUGGUUUUAGGAAUGAUUAAUAUUCUACGAUGUAAUGCACAAACAAUAGCUCAAAAAACCUUGGAAAUUUGCAACAAAUACCUCUUGGAUCCGGUACAAAAUUAUUUUUGGCUUACUGAUAAUACCGCAUAUAUGUCAUCUUUGGAUCGAGGUGCAAUUGCUCAAUUUAAUACUCUUGUUGAUACAAAUUCAUUUCGAAUUUCAUGUGGAUUGCAUGCUAUACAUAUUACAAUGAUGAAUUUUGAAAAUAUCGCUUUUGGAAAAAUUAUAUCACCAUCGGGUUUAUCUUUAAAAGAACAUCCUUUUAAUAUUUUAAACUUGGUUUAUUAUCUACAUAAUGGAUAUAGUUUAAGUAAUAAAGAUACACCAUGUAAUAUGAAAGCAAGCAUUAUCAAAGAAUUAUAUAAAAAUUUUUUGAAUUAUGAUUUAAAAAAUUAUCAACAACCUAUUCAACAACGUUGGACUUAUGAAUUGAAAACGGCACAACAAUAUUUUGAACGAUAUCCAUUUCAUCAACAAUUUGCUCCCUGGAUUAUUCAAGAAUUGCAACAAUGGCCAAAUAUUCCUAAAGCAUAUCUUCAAAAAUGGAUUUUGUUUAAUGAAUGGAUAAAUAAUAAGGAGCUUAAUUUACAACUCAAAUGUAUAGUUAAGUUCGGAGAAUGGUUUUAUGAACCAAUUUUUAAUUUUUUAAUCUCUUAUGAUCCAAUACCUCGAAUUUAUCAAGAAGAUGGCAUUAAGUUACUUUUAGCUGGCAACCGUGCUCAUGAAUUGCCUGGUCAAGUAAUUAUAUGGAUUAAUAAGCUUAAGUUUGCAACUCAAAAUAUUUUUGAAAUUUUUAAUGAAGAAUUAAGUGAAGCAAAAAAUAAUUUAUCACAAGAAAAGUUUGAUAAUUUAUAUCAAAACUUAUUUAACGGUAUACAAAAAGCUUCUGAGGGAUUUUUAAAAUGGAUGGAUAUGUGGAUUCAUUUACCUUUAAGCAUUUGUUGUUUAGGUAGUGAUUCUGGUCAUGAAUUUGCACGAGUAUUUCUUAAGGUAUUUUAUUCUUUUGAGUAUGAAUUAGAAUUGACAAUCAAGGAAAUUUUAUAUAUCAAAAAUUUAAAAAGAGAUUGGGAUAAGGGUUUUAAAAUACAUUUGGACUCUUGGAAGCUUUAA